UUUCGUCUUUUCUUCCGUAUUAUUCCCCCCCCGGGGGGAGAGAAAGAGAGAGAGAGAGAGAGAGAGAGAGAGUGUGUGUGUGUGAGAGAGAGAGAGAGAGAGAGAGAGAAACCUUAUCUUGGCUGAAAUGACAACGGACACAAAAGGCAAAGAAGAUGAAAAAAGCAUAAAUCUGUAACCAACGCAAAAUCUCCUCUAUUCCUCUCCUCCAUUUCUCCUUCAUCCUCAUCCCUCGCUCUGCGCACACAUAUCCAGAGCGAUUGAUGUCGUCAAUGUUUCACGAUUCUUCAAAUUAAUACCACAGAGAGCAAAGAGUACAGAGACAGAAAAGCAUUAAUUAGAUGAAACUGAUUAUGUGUAUUUUUCAAAUCUUAAUUGCUGCUGUGGAUUAGUGCAUGAAGUUACAAUUCUAGCCGCCUGAAUUAAUCGACGCAUUCCAUUUCAGGUACUAGCUAAUUGAAUAGGAUGAAUCACUGCGUUCCAGAUUUCGACAUGGAAGAUGAUUACUCGAUUCCAUCUCCUUCCCGAAUAACUCGACCCAAGAAGUCUCAUCUACCUGAAGAUGGAAUCAUGGAGCUGCUAUGGCAGAAUGGACAAGUGAUUAUGCAGAGCCAGAACCAGAGGUUCUCUCUGAAGAAAUCGCCGCCGACGAAGCCCCCGAUCCUCGACGACGCUGUGCUUCCCUCCCAGCCACCGACGGCCAGGGAGAUCCGAUCAUCGGAAGAACCAGCUACUCAUGUCUUCAUGCAAGAAGAUGAGAUGGCCUCCUUGUUGCAUUACCCUCUCGACGACUCCUUCGAUCGAGAUUUCUGCGCCGAUCUCCUCUACCCUGCGCCGUGCGUUAACUCAGCCCCUCCCGUCCGAGAGCCGGACCACCGGUCUUCUCCUCCGCCGGCGGCUUCCCGGCCGCCAAUUCCUCCUGGAAGACGCACCGAGCUUCACAAUGCGCAUUUUUCGAGACCCAAAGGGAGAGACGAAUCUGGACCGUCGAACUCGAAGAAGUUGGUGAGGGAAUCAACGGUGGUGGAUUCGAGCGAAACUCCGGCGGUGGGAUUCGCAUCAAGGGUUUCGCAUUCACCGGCGACGGUAAGGAGCGAGGCGGAAGCUUCCGCCGCGAACAUGGGGUGCGGCACCGUUAGCAGUGCGGCGGUUGGCGGCGCAUCGCUCGGUGAAGCCAGAGUUAUGUUGGCUUGUGAGGUGACGGUGACUUCAUCUCCCGGAGGCUCCGGCACAGGUUCCGGGGCGGAGGCAGUGCAGAAGCGGCCGGCGGAAGGUCGAAAGCGCAAGGGAAGAGAAGCCGAUGGCAAUGACGCCGAGGGCUACAGUGAGGAUGCUGAAACUGAAUCUGCUGAUGCAAAGAAACAAAUUCGAUCGACAUCGACUAAGAGAUCCCGUGCCGCUGAGGUCCAUAAUCUCUCGGAGAGACGACGUCGAGAUAGGAUAAAUGAGAAGAUGAGGGCUUUGCAAGAACUCAUACCUCGUUGCAACAAGUCAGACAAAGCAUCAAUGCUGGAUGAGGCAAUUGAAUAUUUGAAGUCGCUUCAAAUGCAAGUGCAGAUGAUGUCCAUGGGAUGCAGCAUGGUCCCUAUGAUGUUUCCAGGUGUUCAACAGUUCAUGCCACCAAUGGGGAUGGGAAUGGGCAUGGGCAUGGAAAUGGGCAUGAGUCGGCCAUUGAUGCCAUUUCCUUCUGUUCUUGCUGGUGCAGCACUGCCAACGCCAACCGCAGCAGGUCAUUUGAGUCCAAGAUUCCCAAUGCCAGGCUUUCAUAUGCCCCCUGUUCCUACACCUGAUCCAUCAAGAAUCCAUGCAACCCACCGGACCUUCCCUGUGCUCAACACACUUGGCAUGCAGAACCCCACGCAACCACAACUCCCAAAUUUUGUUGAUCCUAAUCAGCAGUAUCUUGGUCUUAACCAGCGAAUCGCUCAACCAAGCACUAGCAAGUCAAGUACCAGCAGAGGAGCAGAGAAUCCGGGAAGUUGCCAAUCUGGUAGGCUGAUUAUCUGAUGUAUCCUUUUAACCUACUAUUAUAAAUUUUAGAUUGCAAGUAUUGAAAUAUGACCAAGGUGGACUCAGGAUUCCCUUUUUUCCAGCAAUACAGGCCGCCGCCCACAUCAAAAAUUUAUUUUAUCACAUUAAUAAUGAGUAUGCUAGCGAGACCGUUCUAAUUUCACUUGCUCCUAAUCCAAUUUAUGUAGGAAUGCUUAAUGAUGGUCACUUAAUGUUUUUAAUAACUACCAGAACAGGAGUAUGCUUGUACAACACCCCUGAAUUGAAAUAAAUCUUUAUCGAAUCUGGCUCAAUGAUCCUGAUGAUAGACCUUGGAGUGUCACAACCUUUUACCACUUCCCUCGAUGAUUUUCACAAGGGACUCAAUGCACUGGUAGCUAGGAUUGCCAGCAGCCUGAUGUAUAUGUAUGUUCUGACCACCAGACACUGGCACACACAAAAAAGCUUUCCAUAGGAGAAAUGGUGUUAGGCGGCCAAGGCCAAGAGCUCAGCAAGCAGUAUGUUCCAAGACCCAUAAUUAAGAUCAUAUUAUUGAUGAUAGGUACAUCUGCAUUGCAGGAUGAAAUUUUGGGCAGAUGGAUGGAUUUGCCCUAGGUUCUGCCUGCUGAAGUUUUGUAGUGCAAGAGAACUUCACUUUCACCUGAGGACAGUAUUGUAGGCUAAAAUGUAUAUUACCCAGCUAACUUGUAAUUACCAUCCACGGUAGAAUCAAUUUUCUAGUUUGUGUUCUGGCAUCUAAUUUGUUCUCUAACUCAUCAUUGAUUCUAUUAUUCAUGCGAAAUGCUUGGAGGAUGGUCGGAGGUGAGAGCAGAAUGGUUUCACCGCCUACAAGGAGAUCAUCAUGUGAGAGAUGUGGAAUGCUGGUGAUACGUGCAUUUGGGCUCCCUUCACUGCGACUCGCUUGUUGCAGUUAGAGAGGGAUGAGAGCUAAGGCAAUAAAAAGGAAAUGCCAAUGUGAUCCGUAAAAGAAUCGCCAACUCAGUGGUCAGUGAAAUGCCAACUAAGGGUGCCUGAGGGCAUCUCUCUCUCUCUCUCUCUCUCUCUCUCUCUCUCUCAUUUGACUGCACUUGCACAUGAUAAAUGGGAUCACCAUGUUUUAUUGAUAUUUGAUUUACAUCAA